UGUCCCCUUCCCGCCCACGCAGCGGCUCACUCUGAAGGAGGUGUUUGAGGACGGGAAGCCUCGGCUCGACGUCUUGAAGAGCCACUUGGUGAAGGAAGGGCGCCUGGAAGAAGAUGCUGCCCUCAAGAUCAUCAACGACGGGGCUGCCAUUCUUCGGCACGAGAAGACCAUGAUCGAAGUGGAGGCUCCCAUCACAGUGUGCGGUGACAUUCAUGGGCAGUUUUUUGACCUGAUGAAGUUAUUUGAAGUUGGAGGCUCACCCAAUAACACCCGCUACCUCUUCCUGGGAGACUACGUGGACAGAGGCUACUUCAGUAUAGAGUGCGUGCUGUAUUUAUGGAGUUUAAAGAUAAAUCAUCCCAAAACAUUGUUCCUCCUUCGAGGGAACAGGGAAUGCAGAGGGCUGUUCAGAACCUACUUGGAGGCUUGUCGAAUCAAGUAUUCGGAGCGAGUGUACGAUGCAUGUAUGGAUACAUUUGACUGUCUUCCUCUUGCUGCCCUCCUAAACCAGCAAUUCCUGUGUGUUCAUGGGGGGCUGUCUCCAGAAAUCACAUGCCUAGAUGACAUUAGGAAAUUAGACAGGUUUAAGGAGCCUCCAGCCUUUGGUCCAAUGUGUGACCUGCUGUGGUCAGAUCCAUCAGAGGAUUAUGGUAACGAGAAGACCCUGGAGCAUUUCACCCACAACACCGUUCGCGGCUGCUCCUAUUUCUACAGUUAUCCUGCAGUUUGUGAAUUUUUGCAGAACAAUAGUUUGUUAUCUGUGAUCCGAGCCCACGAAGCCCAGGACGCCGGGUACCGAAUGUACAGGAAGAGCCAGACAACAGGCUUUCCAUCAUUAAUCACAAUCUUCUCCGCACCAAAUUAUCUAGAUGUCUAUAACAACAAGGCUGCUGUACUGAAAUACGAAAACAACGUCAUGAACAUCAGGCAGUUCAACUGUUCCCCUCAUCCCUACUGGCUUCCAAACUUCAUGGAUGUCUUCACAUGGUCUUUGCCUUUUGUAGGGGAAAAGGUCACAGAAAUGCUCGUUAACAUCCUCAACAUAUGCUCCGAUGAUGAGUUGAUUUCAGAUGGUGAUGAAACGUUGGAAGGUGGGACAACAGUCCGUAAGGAGAUCAUCAGGAAUAAGAUUAGAGCCAUUGGGAAGAUGGCACGAGUCUUCUCGGUCCUUCGGGAGGAGAGCGAGAGCGUGCUGACCCUCAAAGGCCUGACGCCCACAGGUACCCUGCCCCUGGGAGUGCUCUCAGGGGGGAGGCAGACCCUGCAGACCGCCACAGUAGAAGCGGUAGAGGCACGGGAAGCCAUCCGCGGCUUCUCGCCGCAGCACAAGAUCCGCAGCUUCGAGGAGGCCCGGGGGCUGGACCGCAUCAACGAGCGCAUGCCGCCGCGCAAGGAUUCCGUGCACUCGGACGGGCCCGUGAACUUGGUAACCUCAACAAACUCUGCAGACAAGAACGGCACGGGGAAGAAGGCCCCGUAACCCGCACGCCCAAUCUGCACCACUAAAGGAUCCAAAACUUAAUGAAUUUUAUUUAUUUAUUAUUGGGGUGGGGUGGGGGCAGGGGAGAAACCAACUUCACCUGGAGGCACGUUCAUAAUCCAGUUUGCAUCCAUUCUGUAAGAAAGGUGACCAUUUUGUAAUUUUUUUAUUUAUGUUCAAUAUAUAAAAAGUCCAUCUUUUUUUAAUUUAGCAACCGAUCUAACUGCUAGUGCGUAUAUGAAGUCUUGUGCUGUACAGCUGACCCCCACGAGAGGCAGAAACCUCCGUGGGGGGAUUAAACGAAACUAAAGCAGUCCCAGGCAACUCGGGUCCGUGACUUUGGUACCAUUCGGAGUUAGCCUGUGCUUUCACGAGCGGGUUCUUUCAUUUCAGCUCGGGUUGGUUU